GCGACGAUGGAUGACCAACAAGCCCAGGAAGGAGUGAUUCGCUCGCACAUCGACUUGGCAGAAGCCGCUGCUAAUGGGUCCCGGGCUAUGGUGGAGUUCUUGUUAGAUAGUGGAGUUCACAUUGACACACCGGGAAAAGAUGGAACGACGCCACUGUGCGCUGCGGCACUGUGGGGAAACGACACGAUGGUUACGUACUUGCUCGAUAAAGGCGCUGAUGUCGGAGCUAGGAACGAAGGAACAGGUUGGACACCGCUGCAUGCGGCUGCGUUUCAAGAGCACGGCAAAGUCGUGCACAUCUUGCUGGGCAAUCAAGCCGACCCCAAGAUGGUCGACGCGGAAGGACGAAGAGCGGUGGACUACGCCAGCAUCUCCGAGGCCAUUUGGCCUUUCUUUUCAGCCCGAGGCUGCAGCAAGAGCUUGAAGGCAGAUCUGGUCGCCAAAGGAAUCAUCCGCAAAAUCGCCGACCAGCCCGAACAGUCCCAGCCGAACGACAAAUACGCCGACAGUAUCUCGUCCUUCUCGCGCCCAGGAUCCGCCUACACUCGAGCGCAACUGUACCCCCCGCUAGGCCGCCGACCGAGCCCCGCCGUCAAGUCUCGCGACGGCCGCAUACUCACGGGACCCAUCGACCCCCUAGGCGACAUGCCGGCCGAGCCCGAGUCGAACCAGCGGCGUCCGUCCCUGAAGCGAAUGGGCAUCUAA